AUUUAACUUAAACUAUAAGUCAAUUAUAAAAUCUAAUUAUUGAUAAUGUUAUUGAUAAUAGGGUUGACAUGUAUAGCUUUGGCAAUAUUUUAUUACCAGCGCUGUAAGCGAAUGUCAUAYUUGGAAAGACAUGGCAUUCCCGGACCGAAACCCAAUCUAUUGUUUGGAAAUAUGACUGAAUAUAAUGAGUUUGGAUAUAAUGAAUGCUUUGAKAAAUGGAAAUCACAAUACGGUCGCGUAUUUGGCUAUUAUUUGGGCGCAAAACCGUUUAUUGUGGUCACUGAUCCCGAACUGUUGAAAUUGAUUCAAAUAAAAGACUUCCAGUACUUCACAAAGAGACCGUACGUCAUUCCCGGCGGUAUUUAUCAUAAUUGGAAAUAUCAUCAAAUGGUGACUCGAGUGGACGCAAAACGAUGGAAAAAAAUGAGAACACUUUUGAGUCCGUGGUUUAGUUCAAUGCAUCUAAAGUCCAAUACACCUGUUAUUAACUUAUGUGUCGAAGAUAUGAUGAGAAAAAUCGAUGAAAACGCCGACAAAAAUGAAGAAUUCAAUAUUUAUGAGAGAAUGGAAACCACAACCAUUGAUAUUGUCGACAGAACUGGUUUUAGUGUAACCACUGAUAUACAGGACAAACCCAAAGACAAUGUGUUUUUUGAGGCCACCCGAGGAGUCUUCAACAUUCGUCCCAAACAUAACUUCUUGGCCUCACUUUUGCUAUGUUUGCCUGAGUUUGCGCCCAUUAUUAAUGUCAUACGAGACGUCUGCGAAACUAUUUGGGAUUAUUUCGGAAGUACUAGUCAUGGACUGCUGUGGAGGGCCGGAGAAACCAUUGUAAGAAAUCGGUUGGCAAUUAUGGAGAACAAGAAGAAAAUGGUCGACAAAAACAAUAAUCUGAAAAACAGUUGCAAACUGUUGGAUAUGAAGCGCAAAGACUUAUUGGAAAUGAUGUUAGAAGUGAGAAACAAUAGCAAAGGAAACACCGAUAAGACUUUGAACGACAUCGAGAUCAUCGCCAAUACAGUGGUCUUGCAUGAGGCCGCCUACGAAAGUCCGGCAAAUAUCUUGGGAUUCAUUAUUCACAAUCUGGUGAAUCAUCCAGAAGUUCAACAACAAGUUUACGACGAGAUCUGCGAAUUGCAUGAAAAAGACGACAACUUUGGGUUCAAUGUUAUGACUGGUCUUCCAGUGAUGGAUGCCGUCAUUAAUGAGAGUUUCCGUCUUUAUCCCACGGAUACCAUAUUCACGAGUCGAAUGUCGAAAAUUGAUUACAAAUACAAAUCUAUUGUAAUACCGAAAGACGUCGAUAUCCGAGUGCCAACUGUUCAACUGCACAGAGAUCCAGAAUACUGGUCACAACCGAACCGAUUUGAUCCAAACCGCUUUCUCGACAAAAGUCUUAACAUCGACCCAAUAGUCUACCAACCGUUUGGUGUCGGGCCUCGAGUGUGUCCGGGAAAGAGAUUCGGUUUACUGGAGGUUAAGCUUAUUUUGGCGUAUAUUCUGCACAAGUAUGCGCUGACCGCUGGUCCGCAUACCGAAAGUGGACAAAUUGAACGCGACUUUAAACUGAUCACAUGUUCGCCUAAAAACGGCGUUUAUGUUAAGCUCGUGUCACGCGCCUAA